AGAGAGCAGAGCCCGGGGAUGCGCACAAUGUGAAGUCUCUCUCCGCUCAGAGGCUGUCCGCUGUCCUCUCUGCUCGUUUCUCGGCAGCAUCUCGCGGAGUGUAACACGAGGAAGGUCGGGGAGCAUCCCUCGGUGCGGCGAAAGCGCGCAUCGUCCUCACCCGGCAAAAAAAAACACCCCCAAAAAACUCACUGAUUGUGGAAUUUAAAGCUACUGAGAGUAGCAGUUAGUCGCCCCGACCCUUUUUUUUUUUUUUUUUUUUUUUUAAGGACCGAGAGACGCACUUGAACGGAGCAGCGCAAAGUGCAGAGCGGCAAAACGCCGCGUGAGAACAGAGCGACCUUCUUCUUUUGGCUUCUGGAGAGGACAAGAGUUGCAGUGAGAAAUGUCAUCCGCUCACUAGAGCCACAAACAACGCGUCUAUACCGGACACUGGAAUUACAAUCAAUGCAGUUUAAUGAAGAGGAAAAAAAGAAAUCUGCAUCCUAAAACAAAUUAAAAUUCCUGUAUUCAAGGGAGAGCGUUCACAAGCAACUGGAUGAGAGUCUUAUUAGCCCUCGGCAACUAAAGAUGAUGUUACCAUGGAAACAAAUUGUUCUGCUGUCAAUCACUGGAUGGCUUGCAGCCUGUACAGAGGAUGUCAUAUUUCAAGGGCCAAGAUGGAGGACGGAGCCGAGUGACCUCAUUUUACCGAUCAACUCCCCGGACCAGCAGGCCACCAUCACGUGCGAGGCAGAAGGGAGCCCUCCCCCGCAGUACAGAUGGUCACUAAACGGAACACUCAUUGAUCUGGGGAAUGACUACCGGCGUCACAUGUCUGGGGGCAGCCUGAUCAUUAGCAACCUGGACAAGGACCAAGACACCGGGGUAUACCAGUGUACGGCCUUCAACACGUGGGGGUCCAUCCUCGGCCGCAGAGCCAGCCUGCAAUUUGCAUAUCUUGAUAACUUCAAAACUCAAACGGUGAGGAGCGCUGUCAACGUCCGUGAGGGCCAGGGAGUGGUUCUGUUAUGUGGACCACCUGCACACUCUGGAGAGCUGACAUUUGCGUGGAUCUUCAAUGAGUACCCGUACUUUGUCCAACAGGACAAUCGUCGAUUCAUCUCUCAGGAGACCGGGAGCCUGUACAUCGCAAAAGUGGAGCGCUCAGAUGUUGGCAACUACACCUGUGUGGUUAACAACACUGUGACGAGGGAGAAGGUGCUCAGCUCUCCCACACCACUGGUCCUCAGAAGUGACGGAGUAAUGGGCGAAUAUGAACCCAAAAUAGAAGUUCAUUUCACUGAUUCAGUUCCAGCUCCGAAGGAAUCGGUGGUGAAACUGGAAUGUUUCGCUUUGGGAAACCCCGUCCCAGAAAUAAGCUGGAGGAGAACCAGCGGCAUCCCUUUCCCCAGCAAAGUGAAAAUGAAGAAUUCAAACGCCGUCCUUGAAAUUCCCAACUUCCAGCAAGAAGACGCGGGGACGUACGAGUGUAUGGCAGAGAAUCGGCGCGGCAAAAAUGCAGCGCGGGGUCGUCUUUCAUUCCAUGCUAAACCUCACUGGCUCCAGACAAUGACGGACACGGCGCUGUCCAUCGAGGAGAACCUCUUCUGGGAGUGCAAGGCCAACGGAAAGACCAAACCGUCCUACAGCUGGCUGAAGAAUGGGGAGCAGGUGACGGCUGAGGGCCGGGUACAAAUCGAAAACGGGGCCCUUUCCAUAGCUGCGGUAAACCUGUCAGAUUCCGGGGUGUAUCAGUGUGUGGCUGAAAACAAACAUGGCAUUAUUUAUUCCAGUGCCCAACUAAUGGUGUUAGCUUCACCUCCCAGUUUCUCCAGAAGUCCAUUAAGGGCCUUGCUAAAAGCUCGCUCAGGCAGCGAAGUCACUCUUGAAUGCAAGCCCCAGGCCUCGCCCCCAGCAAUUAGCCUGUGGAAGAAAGAGAACGAGAUCCUGCAGAGAACCGAAAGAAUUACUUUGCUUCCCAAUGGGACGUUAAAGAUCGCCAAUGUAACCAGACGGGAUGCAGCCAGCUACACGUGCGUCGCUAAGAAUCAGUUUGGGACGGCGAGCACAACUGGGAGGCUGCUCAUCACCGAGCCCACCAGCAUCACCGUGAGGCCCAGUAACAUGGAGAUUAUUGUUGGCGAGAGCAUCGUGCUACCCUGCCAGAUUGCCUGUGAUCCAGCUCUGGAUGUUUCUUUCUCGUGGGCAUUCAACGGCCAGCUCAUCGACUUCCAGCGAGACAGCGAUCACUUCGAAAGAGUGGGCGGGAGUAUAUCAGGGGAUCUGAUGGUUCGUAACAUCCAGCUGAACCACGGGGGGAAAUACGUCUGCGUUAUUGACACUGAUGUGGAGAGCCUGUCCACCUCUGCCAUCUUGGUUGUCAAAGGUCCGCCAGGUCCUCCGGACAGAGUAGCAGUGGAGGAGAUCACAGACAGCACGGCCCAGCUUUCCUGGACUCCCGGAAGGGACAACGGCAGCCCCAUCACCGGCUACAUCAUCCAGGGCCGCACGCCCUUUACUGUGGGCUGGCAGGCUGUUGAAACAGUGCCGGAGAUGGUCAACGGUAACACGCUGACGGCGACAGUGGUGGGUCUGAACGCCUGGGUGGAGUACGAGUUCAGGGUAGUGGUCCGCAAUAUCGUAGGCCUGGGAGAGCCCAGUCCGGCCUCAGCCAUGACCAGGACAGAGGAUACCAUUCCUGAUACAGCUCCCACUGAUGUCGGAGGUGGAGGCGGUACAAAGUCUGAAUUAGUGAUAACAUGGGAGCCUGUCCCCGAGGAACUGCAGAACGGAGAGGGCUUCGGCUACAUCAUUGCCUUCCGGCCCGUGGGCACGGUCACGUGGACGCGAGCGGUCAUCUCCACGCCCGGCGUGGCGCCCUAUGUCUUCCGCAACGACACCAUCCCGCCCUUCUCGCCCUUUGACGUGAAAGUGGGGGCGUACAACAACCGAGGGGAGGGGCCCUUCAGCUCCAUCGCCACCGUGUACUCAGCGGAGGAGGUCCCCAGCGUGGCUCCUAAGAAGGUUUGGACUCGAAGUGUGUCUGCAGUACAAAUUGAAGUGAUCUGGGAAGCUCUCCCUGCCAUCUCGGAACAAGAUCCAAGAGUGCUUGGCUAUGAGGUUGUGUACUGGGAAGACGACACCAAGCCUGACACUGUCGGCAAAGUGCGAAUAUCUGGGAAGUACACGCUGGUGAACAUCACUGGGCUGAGAGCCAACACAGUCUACUACCUCUGUGUGGCCGCAUUCAAUACGGCUGGCCCCGGGCCACAGUCGGCGCCCAUCAACGCCACCACAAAGAAACCACCUCCAGAUCGGGCUCCGCUCAACAUACAAUGGACCAUGAUUGGCUCCACACUCAUGAUGCACUGGGAUGCGGUAGUAGCUACGGAGACAGAAUCGAGGGUCACUGGAUAUUUGGUGCUGCUGAAGAGACACCGCUACAACGACAUCAACGCCAUCCCGACCAACAAAACCACCGUUGAGCUCAGCCUGUCCGCCAACGACAACUAUCUCAUUCAGAUCAAGGCCAUGAGUGAGGGCGGCGAAGGUGUGGGCAGCGAACCCAUCCACAUCCAUAAAUUAAGCAUGGGAGCGCGGGGCUCCGGAGCGAUCCGCCUCAGUCCAUUGUGCCUCUCUGCGGUCCUCAUCGGCGCCCUGCUCGGCUCCGCCUGGUGAUGUCUAAUCGGAGCCUACAGAGCGCCCUCCCUACCCCUCCGUCCCUUCAGUCAGCCUGUCCACUGGACUGGCACGAGGCCCAGGCUUUCAGUGGCCAGGAUUGGGAGAGACUGGAAAGGACUGGACUCCGCCGAACUCUUUAAAGGGACCACGCCACUUUUUUUUUUUUUUCAAAGGGCCAUCAGAUAGAGACGUGACGAUUUUUUUUGCAUGCAUGAUACCUUUCAGUAUUUUUUCCAGCGUCAUAAGUGCCACCAUGCUCUAGGUUACUUUUUUUGUCUUAAUGACUUAUCUUCUUAGUAUCUUUUGGAGAUACUAAUGCCUUAAAAAAACAUUCUACACAUACAGUCCAUACCAAAGUAGGUGACAGGCUGCUUGCUUUAUGGUUUCUUUAACUCACAAGAAUUGAUCUUCUCCAGAUCGGCCUCUCAACAGGCGAUUACCUACUGUACAUUCAUUGAUUUCAUGCAUAUUUUAUCGUCUCAAAAAUGAAGUUUAAGUAAACCAGUUCCAUUGACAGAAUAUCAACCAAUGUCCUAAUCACAUUUUUCGCAGCUUUUGCCAAAAGAAACACCAAUUGCAUGCUUCAAAAAAUCUUACCAGGCUUUGACAGAUAUACGAAAGAUGCAUAGCAAAUUGAUCAACUGUGCCUCAAACCCACUUAUCUCCGCAUACUGAAGUAAUGUUAGGUCUGUUGGAGAGCCACAGUCUCCUGAGCUUAAGGCCCUCUGUACAAUACUCUGAAAGAGCUUGGCAUUUUGCCAUCUCUUGCUCCUCUAAAUAAUAAAUGGCCAUCACACUCUGCGUACUCAGUCUGGCUUAAAAAGCUGGGAUUGCAGAAGAUAUAGGCGUGUGGUGUCAGAUCCCAUGUGUGCUGUUCCUCCUCCACAUUUAGACAACCCCUGUUCUACAUAGUAUAUUAUCUCAAAGGAACAUGUAACAUGUACACAUCCCAUAUGACCAGCUGGCCCAGUGCACAAUACACUACAACAUAACAGUGCCUUCACUAGAGCUCACUUAUUUCUCUUUCUGUCCUUUUCCAAUAGCUUAGGGGAAAGAUUCAUGUUGCAGAAGAAGGCAUUGUUUGCUUUUCUCUCUCCGAAGAAGUUUGUCAGGAAGGACAGGAAACUCAGAAUGUAGAGGGAGCCCGUUAUUGGAGAGGGUAUGUUGAUUAAAUUUUCAUCGGGACAAGCACCGGGUUUACCUUAGACUAAAAGGGUUGGAAGCUUUAGGAAAGCCGCAAUGGAUUGAGAUAUAUGGCGGAAAUUUCGGUCCCAGUAUUUAUGGCUUGUGGUUUUAAUAAAUGUAUGACUCCAUCCGAAGCAUAAUUUAUGGGCUAUUAAGGCAUCAGAAUAAUUGAUGCCAAUACUGCGGUGAGAGUGCCUGACUGGAAAUGGAGCGAAAGGCACGGCUGUCAUUUUACCCCCACCCCAUCACCGCCCAUUGGACACACACCAGACAGAACAGAAACAAAAGAGCGCUGCUACUCUGCUGAGGGGGGGCUACUUUUCACGCCCUUUUUUAUCAUGUGGAUGAGUCUGUCAAAAGCCAACCCAAGAAAGGCAUGAUUACUGGGGUCCUGGCGAUGUUCAUUCGUGGACAUGGAAGGAUACAGUCAACUGAACUGCUACACAUACUGUGCCUUUGCCGAACAUGGGGCUGUGCACGAUCAUUAGCUCGGAGGCUGUCGUCGUCUGUAUUUUGCACUCUCUAUUACCCCACCACCACACCCCCACUUCCCCAAAGUCGAAUGAAAGCACAAGGAAUUGAUGCAAGGUGACUGGAUGUCCUCACUUAGCCGUCUGAACAGGUGUGCAGUCCCCAGAGGCCUCGUAAAACGUCCAAGCGGCCGACAUAAUCAGGCUGUCCUAUCUGCUUCUUCGCCAGUUUCAUAAAGCUCUGUGCUCUUUGAUUAGACCGCUGCAGAACGGUCAAUGAGAUAUUGAUUUUCUUGCCCCAUUAUUACAGCUGUCACAAUUCAGCUGCUUGAUUGACUCAUGGCUGCGUUCUUAUUGCACUCUGUUCUGUUGUGUUACAGUACAGUCAAUGAUGUUUGAGAACUACUAUACUCCCGAGUGGACAACUUCAAAAGGCAUUCUUAUUCUGUUGUGUUUCGUUUUGCUUUUUACUAGAAAUCUCACUGUAUUUGCGCAAUUAGUUUCACAGAUUUUUACAAGUAUUUUGUAGUGUAGUGGUAGAUUGUGAUUUUUGCAUUGGAGCAGUGACCUGAAAGUGAUUGGCUGGUUGAUUCGUUUGAGUCACACAUCUAAGUAAUUCUGUAUCUUUCUUCCCAACAGCGUAAAAGCCCAGUCACACCAGCAUUUCAAACAGUAGCCUAAAACCCCACGGCGUAAUCAGUUCAUGUCAACGGGGCGAAGUAAAUCUGUGUAAAUAUCUUUGUGUCGUAACCAUUAGCAAAGAGUCUUGACAAACCGGAUAAUCCAAAAUGGAGGAAGCUAAUAUAGCGUAUCAGUUUUUAGACAAGUUAUGAGACAGUUUUUGAUGGUACAAAUAUGUGGAAUAAACUGUGAAAACCUUAUGUCCUGUUAUAUAACAAGCUAAUGAGCAACACUGAACAAGCUAGCUAGCUUGGGGAGUUUGUCUUUUUAAUGAUAGAGAACAAAGAACAAAAAGACUGACUAGCAGUAGCAUGUUCCUGCUGUCUAUGGUUUAGCCAUUAGCUCGCUAGCUAUGCUAGUAACGAGCCCUGCGAUAAUUCAUGACGUUACCAAGCCUCUAACGAUGCCUGUUUCACAAAGACGUGCGGUUGAAAAUCGCUGUGCCAAUUUCUGGUGUGACCGGGCCUCUAAAGCAGCUUGUGUGUGCAAAUACCGAGUGGCGUUAAUGUUUUCGUUUUUUUUUUUUUAAUAAGGUAACCUCAUCGCAAGGUGGCAGACUCAUAGGUUAUUAAUUAAUGUGUGGCAGUUUCUCAAAGCUUUCUUAAUUUUUACAUAGUUGUAAUUUAGCCUAAUGUUUCUUACCGCUGGCCUUGUGCUUCAAUAAAUACAACAAAGUACAAUCUACAGUAAUAGAAGUGAAGGCAGUGAUCAGAGCAAUCAGCUGAAAUGGUUGAAGUGUACUGAUCACAGAACAGCAACAUAUCUAUUUAUAUCCACAAGGUCUAUUAUGUUAGGUUGGUUUCCGUGGUUGUUGUUGCUAGACAAGGAGUGUACCUGGUGUGGUGUAAAUAGCUUGCAUAUAUUUUUUAAACAUGGCCAUCAAAGAUAAACCUUACUGCUUUUUAUAUAGUGUUUUCUCCGACCUUAAUACUGGUGUAUUAAUCAAUGAUCUCUGUGAGAUACUGACAUGUAGAGUGGCAUUUUCAUAUUGAAAAGUAACUGUUUUGUCUUGUAUACUAAAAUUGUGCAUGUUAAUCAUCGUUUGUGACUUUGUGUUGGAUUUUUUUCUAAAACUAUAACUUAAUAAAAAUGUUUAUUCCAGC